GAGAACCAAUCAUCUUGGAAGGCCCACGAAAUGCUACUGUCCUUUCCGGAUCCAGCGUUCUCUUUAGAUGUGCAGCAUCUGGAGAUCCGGAACCUGUUAUAUCGUGGCAGAAGAAUGGUCGCAGCUUGCAUCAUGUCGGUCAUGCCAAUUACAAGGUGAUAGAAUCUGGAGCUUUGAAGUUGGACAAAGUAGGCCUUGCCGAUGAUGGCCUUUACCAUUGCAUCGCCAGCAACAAUAAAGGGAAAGCAUAUUCUAUGCAAGCCAGAUUGCGAGUUGAAGAGCCAGCGAAAUUGAAAGGUGGUCGCAGCGUUUACAACGUUAGCUGGGGUUCUACUGUGCGGCUGGAAUGUUCAGCACAGGGAGAACCUCCACCUCUCAUCACGUGGUUUCAGGAUGACCAACUGCUGGAUACAAUGGACGAUCCUGUGUAUACUCAUUCGGAAUUGUCGAUUAAUGCUACGCGUACUACGAGCUUCACUUGCAAAGCAACAAAUUCUCUUCUUAGCCUCAACUCAACUUCACAGACCGACAUAAAACACUUUCAGCUUUAUGUCUUACCAAAAGAUGAAGACGAUCUCUAUCGCAGUUCAGAGGUUGUUGGCUUCGAGGACGAGGAGGAGAUCAGCGAGGAAGAGCCGUCUAUCCUGAAUGAGAUCUACGAAGAAGAAGAUACUAGGAUAUGGGAGGAGAAGGUAAACACUGGUAGGGUACCCGAAAAGCCAAAAGAGGAUGGUCCCUUAGGCGGCUCUGAAGAAAUCUUGGGCUACUGUGCUCCUUACACGGGUCAUGUAUGUCGAAGGUACCUCAACGAUUCCAGUCUGGUCUACUAUAACUUCACGAGCGAGAAUCAUCCCAUACCUUUAAAUGAACAGAUAACCGAGGAACUGUGGAGCGAGCUGAUAUCAUCUCUCUUAGAACCUUGCAGGAGUGCGGCUGAAGUCAUCCUGUGUUAUUAUGCUUUCCCCAAAUGCGAAUGGUCAGACGGUGUGGCUCGCCUGAAACCUCUGUGCCGUGAAGAUUGCAUCGCCAUCAAGGAACUCUUCUGUUACAACGAGUGGGCGUUGGUUGAGGAUAACAAGCAGAGAGGAAUAUUUUUCAAAUCCAGAGGCCAUUUCAGACUUCCCGAGUGCAAUGCCCUUCCACUUCUGGGAAAUGGAGGCAAGGAAACGUGCUCCCAUGCUCAUCUCACAGAUAUGCAGCGAGAUGAAAUAACUACUGAGUGCAUUCGUGGAAAGGGUCGUUUCUACCAAGGCACUGUCAAUGUGACAAAAUCUGGAAUUCCCUGUCAGAGAUGGGAUGUACAGGAACCUCACCACCACAACCGACCUCCUAAGGUCUUUCCUGAAGUUUUGAAUUCAGAGAAUUACUGCAGAAAUGCUGGAGGGGAAGAACCCGUGCCUUGGUGCUAUACCAUGGACCCUCGAGUUCGAUGGCAGCAUUGCGAUAUACCACUCUGUGAUAACAGCAGCCAGUUGUCUCAACCGGAUACGGAACUCAUUGACAUAUUUGAACCACCCUCAGAGCCUCUCUUCACACCAACAUUUAUUCUGAUGACGUGUUCCUUGAGCCUGGCCGCUGUUGUCAUACUCUUGGCCAUUGUCCUUGGACUGAGGCGAAUCCGACAGAAGUCCGGGAUACAGUCGCCUACUCCAGGAUAUAUUUCUCCUAAUGAUCGACCCCCACAUUUGGGCAGUGGGGAAGAUCCUGAUGUCGAGAUAGAUCUCGAUAAACUGCCGUCAAAUGUCUCCUAUCACCGCACUCAAGCUAAGCUUCAUCCGAAGUUAGAAAGUUUAGAGUAUCCUCGUAAUGAUAUCAUUUAUAUUAGAGAUAUCGGCCAAGGUGCUUUUGGCAGAGUUUUUCAGGCUAAAGCUCCUGGACUGGUAAAAGGAGAGGAUUUUACAAUGAUUGCUGUAAAAAUGCUGAAAGAUGAAGCAUCGGAUGAUCUUCAAAGUGACUUUGAGCGUGAGGCAUGUCUCAUGGCCGAGUUCGACCAUCCCAAUAUCGUCAAACUACUUGGUGUAUGCGCCAUUGGAAAACCCAUGUGUCUCCUUUUCGAGUUCAUGGGAAAAGGCGAUCUCAACGAGUUUCUGAGGUCUUGUUCGCCUACUAAUUACAUUGUGACGACCGGCAAUGGCAACCUGUUUAGUGAUGUACGUCUGACUCAUGUCGACUUGACGGCCAUCGCCAAGCAGGUAGCAGCCGGCAUGGUCUAUUUAUCCGAGCGGAAAUUCGUGCAUCGUGAUCUCGCUACUCGGAACUGCCUAGUCGCUGAUGACAUGGUGGUUAAAAUAUCAGAUUUCGGUCUCUCACAGAAGAUAUAUGCAGCCAACUACUACAAAGGCAAUGAACAUGACGCCAUUCCUAUCCGAUGGAUGCCACUAGAGUCAAUUUGCUAUAAUAAAUUUACGGUAGAGUCAGACGUUUGGGCAUUUGGCGUUGUACUUUGGGAGAUCUUCAGUUUCGCCCUUCAGCCUUACUAUGGGAUGACUCAUGAAGAAGUUGUUAAAUAUGUCCAAGAGGGUAAUAUCUUAAAACGCCCGGACGACUGUCCAGUUGAAGUGUACAAGCUUAUGGAGGACUGCUGGAACAGGAAGCCUACGUCCAGGCCUUCUUUUAAGACUAUCUACAAAACUUUAGGCCAAAUUUACAAUAAUCUCUUGAAAAAGCAGUCCAAAGACCAAAGAACUCACGUCUGACCUACCAAAUGCGGCUAUACCGUUCGGACCAAAGAGACUGCAGAGGAAUAUAGUUUAUUGCGAGAGAAUUUUAAUUUCUAACUCAAUUGCUUUAUGAGUUUUUAAGAUGUUUUUAGUAGAAUGCUUUAUUAUUUGUUUUAAAUUAUAUUCUGUUUGUCGAAAUUUAUUCUGAGCGAUGGCUUAAAAAUGGUGAUAUAAUGUUUUUCUUAAAUCCUAGUCUAAAUGAUGUCAAGUUAAUGUAUUUACUUACCUUUGCUGAUGUAUGCCGACUUAUGUAAAUGCUGUUUCUUUUUUUCUGUGUUUCUUAAAAGUUUAACUUUGUUACACCCGCUCAGCUUCAAAGUGCCGUUCUUUCUCAAAAUCAGUUUAAAGUCACUGAGUAUGUAAAUAAUUAUAUUCUGCUUUUCAGGCUGCUAAUUAAAUGUAAGUAUACUGGGCAUUAAAUUAAAUGUUUACUAUGGUUAAAUUUGUAAUUUACGCUUUGACAAUCAUUUUAUAAUUUAGUUUCCUGUAACCUAUAUAUGUAUUUUGUUAAAAAAAAAUUUGAAGAGGAAUUAUUUUCAAAUGAAAAUUUUAAAAAUAUCAUUCAGUUUUUCUGCAGUAAUUUCAUCCUUCUCAGUUCAUUGAACUCCAUCUCAAUUCAUUGAACUCAGAUUAAUGAUUUUUCAGGAUUAACUGCAUUUAGUAAUUCCCAUUUGUUAAUUACAUCUGUUUCGGAAAAAGCAGGAUUGAUUUUUAAAUGUGUUUAGCUGUACAUAUUUCGUAUGAAAUGUAAGUAUUCUAAAAAAUUUAAUAGUCAUAUAAACCAUUAAUAAUGUAUACUCGAGAAGUCAAAUGGAAGUAAUAUAUGCCAAUUUCUUUGUUUUUAAUUUUCACUUAAAUUAUUAAUUAUUUUGCAUAUUUUUAAAAUUUUCAUUUGCGUUAUUAAUUUACUGUCAUUAUCAGCCAUAGUUUGACCGAAUUUUGCAUUGGCAGCCUGAAGACACUUCAUGUAUGGAUUUGUACAUAUAAUUGAUAGUAAAUAUGUUUUAAGAGUUUAUAUUUUAAUGUAAUGUGUUUUAUGUAAAUUUUUAUUUCAUGAAGGACAUUGAAUGUUCAUUUGUAUUUUCAUCUCAUGACUGAAGAAAUAAAGAUUUGAUGGAUUUGAAAUAAUAUUGACAUUCCAAGUCUCGGCAAAAUUAUGUUUGAUGAAGUUCAUUGUACUUACGAAUACUGUAUAAAAAAUAAGUUGUUCAUGAAGUUCUAAAAAACGUAACUUAGCAAGAAAUACAAAAUGUACCAUUUUCAUGUUUUAUUUUUGUUCCUUAAAUUUCUUCAAACAUUAGCAUAAUAUGACCUGUUCGUUUGCAAAUAGCAGUUAAAGGUGUUGCAGUAGAAAAAAAUAGAAAUAGCCAUUUACUCAACCUUCAUUUAGCCUGAAAUAUUUCUUGCCUACAUUUAAUUAAUACAUUAAAUAAAAAAAUAUCGUACAUUUUAAAUCAUGAAGAUUUGAAUAAUGUAAUAUUAAUGUAAAAUUCUAAAUUGCUUGUGUAUUUCACGUUUUUAUUAUUUUUUAUUCUGAUGAGCUUAAUGUAUUGUACGUAAAUGUAAUUUUCGUAUUGGUAAAUUGUACAUAAAGGAGGAAACAUCUUAUUUAAAUAUGUGUAUGCAAUGAAAUCUCGAUAUCGGUAUUAAAAAAUGUCAUUUAGUAGUAACGGUAUUUUAAACUUUAAUUUAAAAAUACGUACUGAAUAAAAUUAUCGGAAAAACGCAUCAAAUUUUUCAAUAAAAUAAUUUACCAAAUUUUUUAUGCUUGAAAUUCCAUGAAAUUUAAUUAACAUGCAAUAUUUAUGGAUAUGUUAAACUUCUUCUUUAUGCACUGUUUUAACAUAAUAAAUUAAUUUUAUAACCAUAAUCGUUUAAAAAUUUUGUGAAUAUAAACGAUUAGGAAUUUUUUCGCUUCGUAGAAAUAGUGAGACAAGCCAUAUAGAUUACCUCGCGUAAUUUCAAAUGAGGUUAUAAUUGUUGUUGUUCCAAAUAUAAGUCAUUAUUUUAAAAUAUUACAGGUUAGGCUUAUUAGAGGCUGAGGUGAACAUCCUGGUCGCUACUUCUGGAAGUCAGAUUGUCUGGUUACAAUGUUUUGUAAUUUAGAGCCUAGUCCAUUACUUUUAAAUGCACAUAAAUUUCGUUCUGUAAAAUCUAAAAUUUAUAAGACGAAUUUAUCCAGUUGGGUAUCAAUCGUUGUACGUUUUGAAACAUGAGACUUAGGCACCGGAAUACUAAAUAUUUUAGAAAUAGUUAAAAGCCAUCCUUUAGUAAAGCAGAUUAUACUGCUAGGCAUUGCAGAAACCUGAGAUUAAAUUUUUUACGUACUUGGUAAUUCUGUCGAUGUGUGCUAGCUUUGUAUUACAAAUUAAAAGAAAAUCAUAUAUAUACUACAGGAUUUCUUCUUAAGUCCCCUUGCUCCCUUUUAGCUUUCAACUAAAUAUAAAGCGGCAAAUGCAAAGUUUAUGUAUAGGGAAGCACUUAUUCAGUAAUACAUUGAAAUUGCUUCCAGGGCCUGUUGUGCCGAAUUGUAGGUCAGAGUACCAAUGUUGAAAAUGAAACAAGGUAGGCAAAACGUUUCAGCUACGAAAUCUUCAGUAUAGUAUUUAGUAGAAAGAAGUGUACAUAUGAUGCUGACAGAUAGUGAAAUAAAUUAAUUAUACAAAUAUCCCGUUUAGUACAAAAGCAUUUGAUGAAACUUAUGGGAAAUAGACACAGCAAGAUAGUGAACCGUUUAAUAAAUUAAUUUAAUUCCUUUAGAGUUAAUUAUUUGUAAUCAACAAUGUUGCAUAGAAUUUUAAAGCACUCCCACGCACUUUUUUAAUUAUGUGUAGAGUAAAAUACACAAAACGCGAUGCUAUUCCAGUUUCAUUCUUCUGUUAUUACCAGUAAAAAUGACGGUAAAAGACACAGAUUAUGAGGGUUCUGACGUGAUAUUUCUUGUACAUGAUGAUUAUACAAUAUAUAUAUAUAAAUCACAGUCCAACAUAAAAGUUAUCAGCCAACCAUGCUUGUUAUCGAAGUUUUUUUUUUUUUUUUUUUUGUCGUCAUUUUGUUUAAAAUUACUAUUUUAUUUAUUAUUAUUUUAAUGUUAAAAGAAAUCUUUCAUCGACUUUGUAUUUUUGCCAUGUAUGGCGAAAUCUCUUGUAUUAUAUACGGAGAUAAAAUACCAGAGGGAGUAUUAUUGUAUUAGCCAGCAAUCUGAUCAAACAUUCACACUUUUAAAAAAAAAUAACUUAAAUUAUUUUCUUUGGAACAAGAGCAUAAAAUAUUCUGGAAAUGCUAAAUUUCCGUACACAAAUGAAAAAUUGGUUACCGAGUAAAUUUUGACUUGGGAAUUUAAGUGUCGAAAUGUCGAGUUUUCAUUGCUAACUAAUUUAAAUAAUCAUUCAUCAAAUAUUACAUAUUUUAUAAAUAAACGUUUGUUUCCGGUAUCUACUUAAAAAUUAAAAUUGUGCAUUUGCCUAAGGAAUACUGAAUUAUCAUUGUUUAAUUUUUAGGACGUAGUAAAUAUUACCACUUUUUUUACAUCUGUAACUUCCACCUGUAAAAGCCAUUUGUGUCCAAAGUGCCAUAUUCUUUAUAUUGUGACGACAUAUCAUGGCCGAUUAUAGAGACCUUCUCGUGCUCCUUUUCUGUUUUUCUCCCUUGACUUUUUUGAACAUGCGCACAUCUUUCAUUAUUGUUCUUCCGAAUACGCACGGGCCUUUCCUGCCGAUCCUUCAAAAUCUUUAUUUUAUCCUUAUCGGCAAUGGAAGAGGCCUUUUUUUAUACAAAUGGCUCAAUAAAUAUUUAUUUGGAAA